UGCCGGAGAUGGAUUUGCUGCGCACCCUGUGAAAGAUGCUAAACACGAAAUUUUAUUAAUCGUCAUCAUUCUCAUUUGGUUUUUCCGCCACCCUGCUUUUUUUAUUUGGAUCAUGUACUUUUAUCACUUAAAAUUUGAGUUGUAUGUUCCUUCAACGAACGAUCAGACUUUAAAAUUAUACGAUUCAAUUUCUUUAACAAGUAGAAAAGAAACUUCAGAAAAUAAUAAUUCUUCUCGUUUAUAUUUCGUUCCUGAAGAUAUUUUCCAAGAAUUACCUUCACACCAAUCAACUUCCGAUAAAAACAACUUAUUUUUACAAAGAGAUAAUAACUUUAAUAAAUCGAAAACAAAAUCUAAAGCUAGAUCAAAGUCUGUAGAUCAAUCAAAAAAUUUUUCACUUAGUGAAAUACCUUUGAUUCCACCUACUCCUGUAUCGAGUGUUCCUGCAUCGUCUUCUAAUAAAAUUAUUAGCAGAAGAAAAUCUUUCGCUUCCACUUCGUCUUUUCAACCUACGGAAGAUUCUACUUUACCUUUGGACAAAACCCACGAUUUCCGGUUUGGUAAUAUUGAAAUUGAGUGGUUUGAUAAUAUCGAAGCUAAUAUGAGUGGAGAGCAACAAAAUCAAACUGACGAAACAUAUGCAAAUGUAAUCAAUAAUAGUCAAAAUGGAAAUGAUAAUGAGACAAAUUCGCCUUCAGAAUCAUAUCUUACGACACCGAUUUCAGAGGAUAUACAAUCUUCGUCUACAAAGAAGUCUAAAUCUAAGGCGGUAAAUCCUCCAGCUGGUAAAUUUGUUCCAUUAAGGUCUGGAAAAACAAAUUUAAGUUAUGGUAUAUUACAUUUAUAUCGUGAUCCAAAAGAAAUACCUUCUUCUAAUGAGGAUCGCGAAAUUAAUAAUAUAAGUAAUCUUGAUAAUGAUGAUUUAAAGAGUUCUAAACAACAAGAAAGUAAUUCAUGGAAGACAGUUAGGGAUGAAAAGCAUGAUAAUAUUCCUGGUCUUGUUGGAAUCAAUGAGACAAUAUUGGCUGUAUUGGCUGUACCAUCAUAUACAACAGCUCCGGAUUUUCUAGGUUUUGUUGCUCCAGUAAGAAAAUAUGUGAGCCACCUUAGAUUUAUAAGAGAUUCGGCUCCAAACAAGUUUAUAGUUCUAAUGAAGUUUCGUCAUGCGCGGGCAGCUAGAGAUUUUUAUAAGCAAUUUAAUGGUCGUCCGUUUAGUUCCAUGGAGCCCGAGAUAUGUCACGUUGUUUACAUAAAAUCUAUAGAAUUCAAAUCAAUAUCCACUCCUCCAUAUGCAUUUCCUUUUUUACAUGAUCCUUUUCUACCAUCAAGCGAAGUUGAUUCCAUAUCGUCUACGCAAGGUGUCAAAAUUCAGCAAACUACUUCACCGCUACAUGAACUUCCAACGUGUCCUGUUUGUCUUGAAAGAAUGGAUGCUUCCGUUACAGGAUUGCUCACAAUUUUGUGUCAACACACAUUUCACUGUGAUUGUUUGAGCAAAUGGGGAGAUAGUAGUUGUCCUGUUUGUCGAUAUAGUCAAAAACGUAACUAUUACGAUACGUCAUUGGAGCAAAAUGAAUGCGGCGUAUGCAGAGCAACAGAAAAUUUGUGGAUAUGUUUAGUUUGUGGUAAUAUCGGAUGUGGGCGGUAUCAAGAAGCUCAUGCUUAUCAUCAUUAUAAAGAGACCUUUCAUCUAUAUGCCUUAGAAUUAGAAACUCAAAGGGUGUGGGAUUAUGCUGGUGAUGGUUAUGUCCAUCGUUUAAUACAGAAUAAAACAGAUGGUAAGUUAGUGGAGUUACCUAGCCCAGAUACACAACCUCAAUUGCAACAACCGCGAAAUGAUCAGGUUAAUCAGGAUAAACUUGACGCCAUUGGAUUAGAAUAUAGUUAUCUUUUAUCGACACAACUUUCGUCACAACGAACGUAUUAUGAAGAGAAACUUGAUUCUGUAACAUUGCAAUUAUCAAAAUUGACCAACCAAUAUCAACAAUUAGCAGAUGAAGUUUCUACUUUGAAACGAGAUAAAGAUGAAAUUCGAAGAGAAAAGGAAAUAUUGGAAAAGGAUAAAAUUCCAUCACUAAUUAAAGAGAAAAAAUCUGUUGAAAAGAAAGUUGAGAAAUUUACUGAAAAAUCCGAAAAACUAGAAAGGGAAUUGAGAGAUGAAAAAGAGAUGACCAAAUCUCUAUUAACAAAACAAGUAUACAUACAAACACAACUUGAUAAUAGAGAUUCUAAAAUCAAAGAUCUCGAAGAACAAAUAAGAGAUUUGAUGUUCUUUUUUCAAGCGCAAGAAAAUCCUGAAAUAGCUGGUGGUGAUGUAAUCGUAUCAGGAAGCAGUAAUACAGGAAGUGGCAAAAAGAAAAGGGGGAAAAAAUGAGAAAAAUUUCAUUAUUAUUUAUUUAUUAAUAAAAAUCGAUAAAAAUCGACAAAAAUCGAUUGGUUCAUUAAUAUUAGCCCAAGUUUGGGCAUUUUUGUUUUAUUAUUAAAAAAAAAAAUAUUAUUAUUUGUAAAG